AUGGUCAACCUAGAGGUUGUCGACCCACACCAGUUGGUCUCAUACCUUUUCAAUCAAUGUGGCUUGCAGAUUGAUGGUGACAAGGUUCAAACAUUCUGGCAGCAUCACCGUGCUGUGAAAUCCCCUUUCAUGGACGUUUACACAGGGGGAGAGUCACACAUUCCGCUGGGACUUUACGGGGAUGGAGCGCGUGCACGACAAAUUGCAUACCAAGCGCCUGAGAAAGUGAUUGGGCUCUUCCUCAACGUUCCAUUGUUUAGACCAAAAAGUGCGAGGCAUGCUCGGUACUUACUCUUCAGCAUAGAAGAGGAGCUAUGCUUUGGUCGCAAGACAUUAAACGCGGUGUACAACAGACUGACAUGGAGUUUAAACCAUUUGUUCCAUGGGAGAUGGCCUACACAUGGGCCACGAGGCGAUCGGCUGACAUCCCCAAAGGCAGGCAGUUUAAUAACUCCUGAUGGGAAGCAGUUUGCAGUGGUUGAGCAUCGUGGUGACUGGAGUUUUAUGAAGUGGGUGUUUGGAUUGAAAUCGAGCUGGAAGGCAGGUACCAAUGCUCCUGUGUGCUAUCAAUGCAGAGCAUAUGGGAAGGGGCCCCUCAGUGAACGUUACUACCAUGUGGGUGAGAAUGCGCCGGCUUGGAGCACGGAGCACACCCUAGUCUCCUUUCUUGCAGAGGAGAUGCCAGCGACAGAUCCCUGCCCUUUUAUCUCGCUGGUGAAUUUUCAUCACGACCUUCUGAAGUUUUGUCAAAUGCAUGUGCUCAACCUUGGCCUGUUGUUCACAGCAAAUGGCAGCAGCCUGAUGACUCUCGUGGACUCCAACUAUUUCCAAGUGGAGGAGGAGGGAGCGCCACUGCAACGGCAUCUAGAUGCCGCCUAUAAGCAUUUUCGGGCUUUUAUCAAAAUGAGAAAGAUCCAAUGCUCUCAGGGCCCCUUUCAAGAAAAGAUGGUGUCGAAGUCAGGUGGUGAGGUGGUGUUCACCUUGAAGGCUUUUAACGGGAGAGUUGUCACCGAGUGGUUGAGCCACUGCCUGGGAGACAUUGCAUCCCGACCCCAUGAUGAUGACAGAAUUCCAUUGACCUAUGUGGCAAUGAUACUAGGUAGCAAUACAUUGGGAUUGAGCUUAAGCCAGGGUUCAACCAGAUAA